AUUAUUGUUAAUAUCAUUGUAAAUAAUAAAUAAUAUAGAUAAUAUGGCAAAUAAUUUUAAAACUUUUGCAUAGACUAGUACGUUAUAUAGAAGUAUGUGAUUGGAUUUGAGCCUUUGUAAGGAAAUGUUCCAAAGACAAAGUUUGAAUAAACAAUGAUACGAAUUAAAUGAUAAUUUUACUGGCAGUAAAAUCAUCAGUCUAUUUUAAUUCUAAAAUGGGUGCAGUUAUCACUGCGAUCAGCUGGUAAGCGUCUCACAAGGGAAAUCCUGACAUGGCUGCUCUCGGGUUUGCUCUGUGAGAGCCAAAUAAUACAUCCGAGAUAAAUUUCUGCCGGGAAAUUACUUUGUAACAGAAUAAAUUUCCCUCAGAAAUGUCUCGCGAGCCAGACAUUUCCGCAAGAUUUCACAUUCUGACAUAAUUCCGACGAACUUGGACACGAUCUUGAGACAUGUCAAAAGUGUAACCUCAAACAGGUUAGAAAUAGUCGGCGAACAUCAGCGAGAUGAGGCGGAAGGCGGGCGUGGGUGCGAUACAGAAGCAGAAGCUGGAGCAAGAGAAGUACCGAGACAAGGGCACGGAGAUUCAGGAGAAUCAGUUCGAGCAGAUGACGAAGCACAUGGAGACGUUCCGCGUGAACCUGGAGGAGUUCGCGUCCAAGCACAAAAGCGAGAUCAAGAAGAACGCGCGUUUCCGUCGCCAGUUCACCGAGAUGUGCGCCUCGAUUGGGGUGGAUCCGCUGGCGUCUGGCAAGGGUUUCUGGUCGGUGCUGGGCCUCGGCGAUUUCUACUACGAGCUCGCCGUGCAGAUCGUCGAGGUGUGCAUGGCGACCAAUUACAAGAACGGCGGCCUGAUAUCGCUGGACGAGCUGCGAACGCGCCUCGUCCAGGCACGGGGACGUAGGCGGGAGCACCAGGAAAUCACCAACGAGGAUCUGCUGGCCGCUGCCAAGAAGCUCAGGAUAUUCGGCAACGGCUUCUCCGUGGUGCCUAUCGGCCGGGGGAAGCACCUGGUGCAGUCGGUGCCCGGUGAGCUCAGCAUGGAUCACACCGCGGUGCUGCGGCAGGCCAGUCUGUCCGCGAACGCUCACGUCUCCAAGUCGAUCCUGUGUAAGGAACUGAGAUGGGAGGAGGACAGAGCGCAGAAGGCUCUCGACCACAUGAUGAAGGAGGGUCUCGCUUGGCUGGACAAACAAGGCGAGGGGGAGGUGCUGUACUGGUUCCCGAGUUUAUUCACAGCUUGCAUCGUUUCCAAAGAGUGAAUCCUGCAGCAACAUUCUUGUCACCGCCGCGUAG